AUGGGCCUGGUUCAAGGAACCGCUAAACGCGGGAAGCACAACACCGGGCAGUAACCACUUGUGAUUAAUCAAAUCCUGAUCCAGGCCGCGCGACUGUCGACCAACUACAUUCUCGCCAGCCGUACCCAAGCCUGCCAAAGAACCUACCAGAUUGUGACUGCUCACACAAAGCUGGAUCAACCGCACUGUAACAAUCAGAAGCCGGCCGUUACACCAGACAUGAUGCGUCUCAUAUGCGAAGAAAAGUUGGGUUUCGAGGAAUCUCUUGUUUCAUAA